AUGGCUGAAGCCAUGAUCCUUUUAGUUGUGCAGAAGAUUGGAUUUGCCUUGGGGAAUGAAGCAAUCAACCAAGCUACUUUAAAAUUCAAAAAUUUUGUUACACAGCUAACGGAGCUUCAAGGUAGCAUGGGUCGUGUCAGGAGGGAACUCAAGCUGAUGCAUCAAUUCCUUUCUCGAAUGGAUAUACGCAAUCGCCACAAAGAAACAUAUGAAAUUUGGGUGGAAGAGGUAAGAAUGCUAGCACAUGGGAUUGAGGACAUUGUGGAUGACUACCUGCAACUUGUCACCCACAAACAUAAAUAUGACACUGGAUGGAAUACCUGUCUGAAGAAAGGAUUUAUGCGGCCAAAUAUUCUGCUUUCAUUGAACAAGAUAGCAUCCGCCAUUAAGGAUGAAGAGAUCAAUCUGGUGCACCUGUUCCAGGCGAAAGAUCGAUGGGUUUCGACGGUAGGUGGUGGGAAUACCACCACUAGUAAUGAAAGCUCAAGUUACAUUGUCGAGAGAUCCCAGCAUCUAGCAAGAAUUUCAUGCUCCCUUGGUGAAGAAGAUCUUGUUGGGGUUGAUCGAAACAAAGAAAAACUCCAAGAGUGGCUGGCAGAUGAUUUGCGGGGACGCUCUGUAAUUGCAUUGCAUGGAAUGGGAGGGCUUGGAAAAACAGCCUUGGCAGCAAAUGCAUACAGGAGGGAGAAAGAAAAGUUUCAGUGUCAUGCCUGGGUUUCGAUUUCUCAAUUUUACUCCAUUAAGGAUGUUCUAAAAUGUUUGGUCACUGAGCUUUCAACAAAUGCGAAAAAGAGUAAUUGGGUUAACAUUAAUGACAUGGAUACUCAAGGUCUUAGAGAAGAACUCAAGAAAUUCCUAACACACCAAAAUUGUUUGAUAGUAUUGGAUGAUGUUUGGGCACCAGAAGCAGUCCAUGAUUUGCUUGGAGCACCUGCUCCUAAUCUCAAAGGGAGCAAAAUACUAUUAACGACUCGUGUGGAUGAUGUAGCUCGCCUUGCUUUCGAAGACAGGAGAAUAACAUUAAAGCCUCUAUCUGAAAAGGAGUCAUGGGAACUCUUUCAUAAAACAGCUUUUCUAGGGGGUACGAAUCAUGAGUAUGAUGCAGAACUGUCACACUUAAUAGAUCAAAUAGUUAGCAAGUGUAAGGGGGUACCUCUGGCAAUUGUCUCUGUUGGCAGGCUUGUCUUCGUGCGUGACACGACCAAAGAAGAACUGAGGCGAAUACAUGACCAGCUCGACUGGGAGUUGAUAAAUAAUCCAAGCCUGGAACAUGUCAGGAAUAUCCUUUACUUGAGCUAUAUUUACCUUCCAACACAGUUGAAAAGUUGCUUCCUAUAUUGCAGCUUGUUUCCAGAGGACCAUCUUCUCAAAAGAAAGGCACUUAUACGGUGGUGGAUAGCAGAGGGAUUCAUCACCAAGAGGGGUAGAAGCACGAUGGAGGAAGUGGCGGAAGGGUAUCUACAGGAAUUGGUUAACAGGAACAUGCUACAACUUAUUGACAGGAAUUCAUUUGGCAGGAUAAAAUCAUUCAGAAUGCAUGAUAUCAUGCAUGAGCUGGCAGUUGAUUUGAGCAGGAGAGAAUGUUUUGGUGUUGCAUAUGAUGGAGAUAAUAGACAUUGGGGAUUUGAGGAUAGAGAUGAACGCCGAUUGGUAAUACAAAAACUCAACAAGGGCAUUGAUCAAGCAAUUUCAUGUGCACACAGUCUCCGAUCAGUCAUUGCAUUGGAUAAUAGCAUGGCAUCAUCAUCCAGCAUACUGCGUCUAGUAGCGGACAACUGCAGAUAUAUGUCAGUACUGGAGUUAAGUGGGCUACCCAUCAACAUGAUUCCAGAUGCUAUCGGAGAUCUAUUCAAUCUUCGCCAUUUAGGCCUCCGUGGUUCAAAUGUGAAGUUGCUCCCGAAGUCUAUCGAGAGGCUAACCAACCUGUUGACGCUAGACCUCUUUAGGUCUAGCAUACUUGAGCUGCCUAAAGGCAUUGUCAAGCUGACAAAGCUUAGGCACUUGUUUGCUGAGAAACAAAUGGAUAGAGAACGGCGCCUUUUCAGGUGGUGCACAGGUGUAAGCAUCUCCAAGGGCCUUGAGAAGCUGACAAGCCUGCAAUCACUACAAGCAUUGGAAGCUCAGGAUGAGUCUAUCAGAUGUUUAGGGGAGCUCAGGCAGAUGAGAGGACUCAGGUUAUGGAACGUAAAGGCAAACCACUGUGAGCGCCUCUGCGAGUCGCUGCUUCAGAUGAAAUUUCUGUCCUACUUAAGCAUCACGGCUAGUGAUGAGGAUGAUGUUCUCCAGUUGGAUGGCUUGAACCCCCUUCCCCCAACCCUUCAUAAACUGCGUUUAAGUGGACGAUUGGCACACAGCAUGUUGGGUGCAGAAUCUCCUCUCUUCCAAGCAGAUGCUGGAGGACAAAAUCUGCAUUCAUUGCGCCUGUUUUGGUCCCAGCUAAGAGAGGAUCCACUGGCAUCCCUUUCUCAAUUGUUAAAUCUGACAGAGCUACAUUUCACCAGAGCCUACAGUGGAGAGCAGCUUGUCUUCUUCACCGGAUGGUUUCCCAAGCUGAAGAUUCUACGUUUAAGGGACCUGCCUAAUCUAAAGAGACUGGAGAUACAGAAAGGUGCCAUGAUAAGCCUUGAAAGAUUAAGACUAAUCAACCUAAGCAGCAUGGAAGAGGUCCCUGUAGGCAUUGAGUUUCUCAUGCCACUCAAGUAUCUAAGCUUUGAGGAGAUCACUGCCGACUUCUUACAGUCAUUGCGCCAAUCUAAAAUUGGUGAUAUGCGAUGGUGGCAUACUCUAGGGGAGGAAAUUGAUAAAUAGUAGUCAGUUGGUAUGGAAUUUAG